AUGGCCAGAGGUCUGCCCCAAAAAGAAGAAAAAGAGGCUAGGAAGUCUCGGCUUCAACUAGCAAUAGCAAAUGAUGAUGUUGAUGAGGUACAUAACUUAAUCGGGGAGGAGCAACAACUCUUAGAUCGUCUAUCUAAGGACCCCUUCCCAAAUACUCCUCUACAUCUUGCUGCGGCGGCUGGAAAAACACAGGUGGCCAUGGAGAUAGCCAUCUUGAAGCCAUCGUUCACUCGGAAGCUGAAUCUGGAGGGUUAUAGCCCCAUGCACUUGGCUUUGCAAAAUGAGCAUUAUAAUAUUGUGAGGGCACUAAUGAACCGUGACCCGAAGUUGAUCCGAGUCUCAGGACGAUGCGGGAUCACCCCUUUGCAUUACGUUGCUGGGAAAGAAGGAGACGAUGAGUUGGAGAUUUUGGUCGAAUUCCUAUGCACUUGCAAAUCAUCCAUUGAAGACUUGACGAGUCGACGCGAGACUGCGGUUCACAUUGCCAUAAAAAAAGACAACCUUGAAGCAUUCAAGGUUUUGUUUGGAUGGCUUCAGCGAGUCCAUCUGACAGAAAUCUUGCAUUGGAAAGACGAAGAUGGUAAUAAUGUCUUAGACAUUGCUAAGUCGAAAGAGCUAACCGAGAUUAGCGACCUAUUGAGUAGGCACCGGAUCACCGACCUGUUGAUUGGGUAUGUCAAUUUGAAAGAGAAGGACUUCCGGGAUAAGACAACUCGGGAAGUCUCUCAAGGGAAUCCUAGUGGCGAUCAAGAUCUUGCGGAGGAGUCACGACCUCCUACUCUCAGCCUCUCUUUGUCUCAUUUUUUAAGGAGAGAACUAACUUGUUUUGAGAAGUACGCAAUGUGUUUCGGCCUAAAUGAAUCCGCUCGUGAAAUAAUCCUCGUAGUAGCUACCUUAAUUACGACUGCCACUUACCAAGCCGCUGUCACUCCUCCGGGAGGAUACUGGGGGGAUAACUCGUCAAAUCCCCCAGCCAAUUUCACUGUCGUUACUGCCAAUUCCAGCGGCAUUGCUGUUGGAAAACCACAUCAAGCCGGAGACGUUAUCAUGAGCGGCAAGUAUCUAUACCCGUUCACGGCCCUCAACGGUAUGGUUUUCUUGCUCUCCGUCAUCACAAUCUGGAGCACCGCUAUUCCCCUAUUGCCCCACACUAUCCCGGUUUACUUGCUAGUGUUGCUUCUCAGUGGUACCUUCCUUGCGACCGCUACAAUCGGAUUCCCGGAAUCCGAUGCGGUCGCAGCAGGUACCAUAGAGAUAUUGUGUAUGAGCUUGCUGCUCGUCGUGUUGGCGGUCCCCACAUACUUCUGGUACAGUUACUACCGAUAUAAAUUACGACUCCGAACAGAUGCCACAGGGAGACACGUCGGCAACUUCCUUGAGUUGAAGGACCGGAAAUAG